AUGGUCAUUUCGGACUAUAGGUUCUAUGAAAAUGUGCCUAUCUACUGCCAUUUAGAAGGCGAGCUACCACCAGCAGAAUCCACUGGGGUAGGCGGCAAAGCAGUGGUGGUCUCCAUAUCAGUAGCAGCCGCGUAUAUGCUGCUAGUCCUGGCGCUGAUGUUCUACUGCAGAAGGAGACGGCUGCAGAGGCGACAGAGAGGUCAGAUGAGUGUUAUGACGUCACUGCUUGUAGGUGUCUCCAUAUCAGUAGCAGCCGCGUAUAUGCUGCUAGUCCUGGCGCUGAUGUUCUACUGCAGAAGGAGACGGCUGCAGAGGCGACAGAGAGGCGAAAAAGAAGAAUUAGAGAUGGCAGAAGGCAGAGAGAAGUUGGUGGAAGAAGAAGAAGACAAACAGAAGAUUGGCAACGGCGCUCCCGUGCAGAACGGCCGGCUGCUGCCCCACGAUAGGGAUAGCGGUGCGGACAACUCAGAAGUGUCGGGGGUGUCCCGCGCUUCGAAGAAAUCGGGACAGUACGACCAUCUCACUGUCCCGAGGGGCUUGCUGACCGAACUAGUGACGCUUGGUCGUGGAGAAUUCGGCGAGGUGUCACUAGCGAAGAUAGAUGUGAACCAAGUGCGGAAGCUCCGCAAGAAAGAGGUGGAAAACGCGGAGCCGAUCAUGACUCAUGUUUUGGUUAAGGCUUUGACAGCUAAGGACGAGGUCCAACUGGCCGAGUUUCGGCGGCAACUGGACUUAUUCGGCCGAAUCCGCCACGAGAACAUAGUCCGGCUCAUCGGCCUAUGUAACGAUGCCGAACCACACUAUAUGCUGCUAGAACACACUGAGUGGGGCGACCUAAAGAACUUCCUAAUCGCCACCCGGACCCCAGAAGAGUCCGAAGAGUAUUUAUCCCGAGCGGGCACCGCGCACCCGCGGCCCGUGGUCUCUCGGGCCGCGCCGCCGCUGUCCGCGCAGCAUCGGGCGUUGCUUGCUGCUCAUUUGGCAGCCGCCGCCAGCCGCUUGGCUGGGAAACGACUUACGCACAGCAACUCUACAUGCCUGGAUGUGAAAUGGCUCACACCAAAGUCAGUUGAGGUCAUUACCAUCAUUGUCACCAUCAUCAUCACCACCCUACUCCUACUAAAGACCAUCACCACCAUGAUCACGAGUCCGAGGAGUACCUCUCUCGAGCGGGCACCGCGCACCCGCGGCCCGUGGUCUCUCGGGCCGCGCCGCCGCUGUCCGCGCAGCAUCGGGCGUUGCUUGCUGCUCAUUUGGCAGCCGCCGCCAGCCGCUUGGCUGGGAAACGUCUCACUCACAGAGACCAUCAGUCAUCAUCAUGAGUCCGAAGAGUAUCUAUCCCGGGCGGGCACCGCGCACCCGCGGCCCGUGGUCUCUCGGGCCGCGCCGCCGCUGUCCGCGCAGCAUCGGGCGUUGCUUGCUGCUCAUUUGGCAGCCGCCGCCAGCCGCUUGGCUGGGAAACGUCUUACGCACAGGUGA